GCUACAUUGAGCAUGUUGAGGAACAUAAACUGGGAAAACAUCAUUGCCUUAAGUAUACGAGUGCUGUUCCUUGGUUUCUUGGAUAUAAUUUUCAGAUUUAGCUACCAAUAUCUCGGAUGGAUAUCAUAUAUUGUGCGUAGUUUGGGAUUCUUAACUCUUUGGGUGGUUUAUGGAUUACCAAACAGCAGUUUGCAGCCAGUCUUCAGGAUUAUGUUGGGAACUUCAAAUAUAGUUAUAGCAUGGGUUGUAGAAUCGUUGUUUUUAAAGUGUGGAGAAACGCCAGGAUACCCUGUGCAUAUUUUAAUCAUUCUAAAAUUAUUGCAUAUUACUUUAGUUCUGUUUUAUUAUUGGUUUAACAAGGUUAACACACUCUAUCGGUUCGCAGUGUAUAUUUACCUCUUUUUCAUCGGAGGAACGGUGUUACAAAUUUCACCUGACUGGAUUUUCAACACCUUAAUUAUAGUUACAAUUUUGUGUCUUGUUUUGCUAUGCUUUUGUGAUGUUGAGAGGCACAUAAAUCUAUGCAGCCAACGAUUUGAAGAAUUGGAAUUUGAUGACAUAAACAUAAACUACAGAAAGGAGUUUUCUAUUUAUUCUAUAGUUUUAUGUACUGUGUGCCUAAUUAACAAUUGUCUCGUGGUUGAUCUUGAUCAAAAUAUCAACAAAACUAAAUUAGUGUUGUAUACCACACUCGGCAUGUGUUGUUGUUCUGUUAUCUCCGUUAUAGCAUUUUCUACAUUUUUAAUUGAUAUUUUUAAACAGCUAUUAAAGUUCUGCUAUUUUACUGUAAAGGGGAGAUAUGAAUGCACACAAGAAGAGUUUGGGUUUCAUAUAUUGUACACCAUAACCGUAUUUUUAUGUACAAUAGGCAUGAUCUCUUAUGACAUGGAGCCGUUAGACCGUGGUAUUUUCUUGUCAAGCAGGAUUGUAUAUCUUGCAGCUUUAUCGCUACAAUUUUGUUUAGCGUUGGUAGAAAAAGCGAGUAUGGAUAUGGCAGCAAUGCAAGCAUCAGGAUAUAGCACUCUUAGAGUUAUCGGUAUGCAUAUAGCAUUUAGUAUUGGACCUGCGACAAUACUGUAUGGACUUUUAGUCAAGUAUUCAAUGGAUGAUUUAGGCAUUUUACUUUCAACAUCUAAUUUCGUUUUUAUUUUCAUAAAAACAAUUACUUCGCUUUUUGUAUUCUGUCUCUAUAAAUUGGAUGAAACUCGCCAGGAAUUCUGGGAAAAUUUUGACGAUGUAAUAUUUUACGCACGCAUGUCUGCUGCAACGAUUCAAAUUGGUAUUCAAAUGGCUACAGCUUGUGUUGGUAUUUGGACAGUAUUUUAUGGAUUCUACACAUGGUUUGAUUUAUAUCGAUUAUUAGUAAUGUGUCUGUUCAUUAUAUUUUUAGAAACUAUAAUUUUUUACUAUACUAUGCAACUUAGGAAAAAGGUCAUGGCGUAUACUACCGAUUUGGAAGAUGCAUCAGUAUCUCAGCUGAACAGAAAUGACUGUCGAAUAUGUUUCGAAGACAUGAUGAAAGGAAAGGUUACCCGCUGUGGACAUUCGUACCAUGAGAAAUGCCUACGAAAGUGGUUAAAUACGAGAAUGGUGUGUCCAUUGUGCAACACGCCGAUUGUUAUACAAUAGGUUUUGCAUAUAUAUUCCCACUGUAUUGAACAACAUUUCUAAAACUUAAUUUUUAAUACCUACAUGUAAUCGGAGACUUUUAAACAUACAAUCUAAAUGUCCACUAACACUCAAUCUUAACAUACUAAUAAAAAAAGGUGCCCGCAUGCAAGUAUCAGUUGUUCGAUCCUAUAAGUUAGAAUAUUCUUUUCCAGUGUCAUUCAAAAUUAUCAAUUUACCUGCCCCAUUCCAUCGUAUUAGUCCGUUGCAUAUGAACAUUUUCUCGUCCUGAAUAUAGAUAAAUAUUGCUCACUAGACAUUAAAAAAAUCAAUCAUUCAAUUCAAGCAAACUCCCCUUUUCAAUAUAAAUUCAUGUUUGACAUAACGUUGUUUUUUUAAUCAUCUGAGGAUGCAUGUAUGCAAAGAUCGUUUGUUCAAAAUAGUGUCCUUAAAUCACUGACGUACAAUAUAGAAUCGCUCCCCAUUAAGUGCUCAGACCAUCUUUCUCUUGCAUGAGCAAGUAAUUGUUUUACAAUGAUGUAACAAUAAUACAGGUCAGGUUCAAAUUUGGGUUUCCUCUUUUGUUAAAGAAGAGGUCCCAUUUGAUUAUGUUGGUAAAUGUUAGAAGAAGAGCUAUAGACUGUUUUGUAUGAUUGUGGUAGGCAUAUUUGUGUUUAUUUUCAGGAGAAUGUUUGCAGUUGAAUUAUGUAUGCAUAUUAGUUUUAUGUUCAUAUUUGUUUUAUUUAAUAGGUGUCCCUAAACUGCCCCUGCUCAAUGAUAUUAUUAGCUAUAUGACUGAAAGUGUAGCGAAGGCUUAUGAAAUAUCCGUACACUGUGUAUUUUCUCACUGUAGAUACACUAUUCUUGUUUCGCAAUACUGAAGAGAACUUUAUAUUGUUAAAUAAAUAAUUAUCAGCUCAUUUAUUGUUGCAGACUUUUGAUUCUGAAAUGUCGUAAGAGCAAACAUUUCAAAGGUCACACAAUUAUUCUCUUUUGACAAACAUCUAUGUCAUAUCUGCUCAAACUCAUGUUUGUAAAUAGUUAAAAAUAGGUAAAU